AUUUGCCGCUAGUGAAGCAAAAUCCUUGAAAAAGAAAAAUCCAUCAUAAAUAAUUUUUCCUUAUUUAAAAACUUAGCACUUACCACUUAAAAACAUUAUGGUUGUAAAUAGCAAACAUCACGUCAACAUUAAAAAAGAAAAAAAGACGAAAAAAGAUCUAAUGCCUGACCACAUGCAAAUGGUGCAUUCCCCCUCACCUCAAAACACUUCAAAUAGCCACCGCUGCCUCCUCCCUUCUCCAUCACUCUCAGCUCAUCACCUCUAUUCUUACCUGCUCCUUUUUCUUCUCCUCUCCAUUACUUCAGCUAACAUCCUCUUCUCACCUUCUUUUCGUCUGAGAGCAAUAAAAACAUAUAAAAAGAGGUGAAAGGAGGUCGAAGAUGGAAAGAGAAGGAAGGGAGAUGGUGGCCAGGAAGCAAGGCAGCGGUGGUGCAGCUGUGUCGCCGUGCGCUGCGUGCAAGCUGCUGAGAAGAAGAUGUGUGCAGGAUUGCAUAUUUGCACCUUACUUCCCCGCAGAUGAGCCACAGAAGUUUGCCACUGUGCACAAGGUCUUCGGAGCCAGUAAUGUCAGCAAGCUCUUGCAGGAGCUGUCGAUGGUGCAGCGGAGCGAUGCCGUGAGCAGUCUGGUUUAUGAAGCGAAUGCGCGGGUGAGAGAUCCUGUAUAUGGCUGUGUUGCCUCCAUCUCCUCACUCCAGCGCCAGAUUAACCUCCUCCAUGCGCAACUCGCCCUUGCACAGGCUGAGAUAGUCCACCUCCACCUUCAAAAUGCUGCUUUGUUUGCUUGCACUUCCACCGUGGCCAUGGCUCCACUCUGCAGUGAUGCUACAGCUUCAGCCAACACAUCACAGUCAGUAAUUGACAGUGGAAAUAUCAAUGAAAAGACAAUCUUCAGCAUUGACAUGCUCCUUGACCAUGCCAAUAUUGGUCUCCCCAUGUGGUCUUGUUAGCUCUCAGUGUUAUUUUCUUAGUCUGAUAUCUCUAUGUUAGUCUCUCCAACAUAUAAAUAUGUUCAACAAUAAGAUAGUAUGUCAUAACUAGUUUGCGGAUUUCUCUAACCAAUUAUGUCAUGUAAAUUUAUGCGUGUUCUUCCAAUGUCAGAAGCAUUCAACUGUGGUUGUGUGUCCUUGUACGUUGCAAGAUUAAUUUUCCAAUCUCAUAUCUAGAAAGGAAUGGCACA